UUUGAAUCAGUUGCUUACUCUUACGCAUUGAUCACUUCAUCCGAGCUUCUUGUUUCUUCCUUUAAAAAAACGUGGUUUCACUUUGAACUGAUAACAUUUCCGAUAAGCAUAGCGUAUCUAAAAAUAUGGAUUGCAACUUCUAGAUAAGGAUUCUAUCGUUCUUCGUUAGUUCAAUCUAAUAACAGAGCAGUCGGUAACAUGAUAAAAUGAAUACCUAUCCAGAAAUUCUGUAUUUGUCAACUUAUACACACGGCGAACCAUGUGCAAACGGCUUACCCAAUCAGCUGUGGAAAAUUUUUACAUCCGAAAAAGAUGGCUUCCUGAAUACCAUCAUGACAGCAUAUUUUAUUUCUUCUUCCCGAAGCGAACUUUGUCAGCAAACAAAACACCGGAUUAAUUUAUUGUUUGACGAAGAGCGGAAAAAGGAAGAAAACAAAAAGAAGGUUAAAAAAACCGAAAGAGCUAUCUUAAGUCACAAUCCCUUUAGAAACUGCAAGCAGCCUGUCUUCAAACUUGAUAUUUUACCUUUCAUUUUGGACACAUUUAGAAAAAAGCUCACUCCCUUCUUAGAGAAUCCAGAUGAUAUCGGUGAGUCAAACUAUUCGAAUAUAUUAAAAGCUGCUUCUAAUAUGCUAAAAUGUUCAAUAUUUCUUUUCAAAACUAACGAAAAUAACUCCAGUAGUUUUGAAUAUUUUCGUUUUGUUGAUAACAAUUCAACUUGGCCUGCCCCAAGGAAGUUAUAUAUAUUUCUAAGCAUUCUCAAAACAAAAGCCCCUGAUGAAUGCUAUUAUUUCCAAAAUAAUUUCGGGUUUGGGAUAAGCAUCGAGCACGCUUUUUCGCUUAGACGAGAAGCUUGGAAUUCAAUUUUUAAAACAGUUAACAUUUCAAAUGAUCUUCUGGAAACUAUUCGCAAAAAAGCGUCCUGUAAUAAAUAUUUGAUUUUUAAAACUGAUAACAUUACAGAUGAACUUGUUGAAAUGAUUCGAAAGGAAGUUUCCUACAGCGAAAACUUUUUGAUCUCUCUGUUGCAAAGUUCGUUUGUACGUAUUAUGCCUGCGAUUUUUGAGUUUCCUUACAUCGCAAUGAAGUUAAAUGAAGCUGGCUUUAAUACGGAUCCGUUAAAAACUGAUGAAAAAGGUUUAUCUGCUUUUUACUACUGUUGCUUACUGCCUGAUAAUGACUACUUUAUCUUACUGUACAAUCAUGCUUCAAAUAAUUCGCACUUAUCAGAGUGCAGUGUUAGAAAACCUCAACCGGCUAUUUUGAACGCUCUUAAGAACAUAAGUAAGACAUUCAAAAAUGAUAUCUUAAGGUCUAAUUCCUUUUUGAAGCAUGGGAAUAAAAAAUUCACCUCUUUAGCAUUUUACAAGCAAAUUUUCUACUUCAAUAAAUUUCAAAUACAGAUUGUCGAAGAUAUCAUGAAAAUAACUGAAAAUGAUUUAGAAGGAAAUGUUAAAACUCAACAAAUAAUGAUAUCUAUACUUCAGAAAUAUUGUAAUAACUUCUAUUACAAUCACUCUGAAUCAAAUGCGCGAUUGUCUAAAGAACAAGACCAAAAAUUUGAAGAUUAUUUGCAUUUUAAUGACUACUACAAUUUUUUAGAUGUUUUCUUUGCCUUUUUAUUUUUUGAUAACUUCUUAUCGCUUUCGUUUAUGAAGACUAGUGUGGAUGUUGAUGUUUUUAAGGACGCUGCUUCCUCUCUGUUAUUACUAGUCUUAAGCAACAAGUUUUUCCCUUUUUUGAAACACGGCAUCGAUUGCAAAAACUGUAAACUCACAAAAGAAAGAUGCGAGAAAAAAUUGAACUUUCACCGCUUUGUUCCUUUUUGUUAUCGAGAAAGUUUCUUGCAAAGUGCUAACAAAUUGAUUUUGGAAUUGAACGAUCUUCAACAAACUGAUUUGAACAAAUCUUCGGACAUCCUUAGGGAAAGCCUAACUGAUCUUCCAAAAGUGGCAAACGAAUUUAUCACGGAUAGAAUUCGAAAUUAUUUAACGUCAGUAGUAAGAUUAUCAACUAAAAGCCCAUCAGUUAAGAAAAUGUUGAUAGUGGAACGUGUCUUACAAGUUAUGGGUGAACUUAUAUCAAAUGAAACUGUAACCGAGUGUCCAGUAAGGUAUCUUUUAUUGUCCUGUUUUUCGAAGGGUCUGGAGGCUCAACUGUGCAAUAUACGAAAUCAUUGCUUGUCUAAAUAUCGUUCUAACAUUAUUUUGGGGCGAAUGGAAUUCGAACACGAUAUAAUGAAUUUUGAAAAAUUUCGCACUGAGAUAGAAGAAAUGCUUACAUUUUUCCAACCGAUCCAAGUCAGUCAUUUUUUUAACUCUCAAGGGGUAAUGAUUGAAAACGGAUUAGGAAAAGCUAUCGUUGACUACGAAAGAGCCAUUAUUUCCAUGAAAACUAGAAAAGGGAAUGUUAAGGAUUUAAAAGGGAUGAUAUCCACGAUAACUAUAAAAGAAAAUAUCAUCAAGGAUUUAAAAGGUAUUAUGUCCACAAAAACUCAAAAGCAGAAUUCCCUAUUUCUAAGACAUAAAGAGGAUUUCAAAGUUUUAAUAGAAAACAUGAUGGUUGACAUUAGAAAAACUUUACAAGAUAUUAGAAGCGAAUUCAAUUCAUUCGAAACAAAAUACAGUUCGGGGAAAACAAGGAACAAAUCAGAGGAAACGAAGAGCGACUCAGAGGAAUGGAAGAACAAAUCAGCAGAAACGAAAAACGAUUCAGAGAAAAGGAAGAACAAAUCAGCAGAAACGAAAAACGAUUUAGAGAAAAGGAAGAACAUUUUAAAGAAAACUAUUAUAAAUCCAGAGAAAACAAAGAACAAUAAAGAGAAAGAUAACAAAGAUAAAAUUAAAGGUCUUCAAAAUAAAAUCAAAGGUCAGUUAAAAGCUUUCAGCUAUUUAUUAGAAUAUAUUGUGAGUAAUAUAGAAAACGCUGAUUUGCAAAACAAUUUUGAAAACUUCAAAAGUUUUUUGAAUGGUAUUGUAAAUUUUGAUUCUGUUUUAUCUUUGGAAGGGCGAAUUCUAAAUAUUCUUCACAAAAUCCAUGUAAAUAUUUUGAAUACAUUUGGAAAUAGUUUUGAGCCACGCUUUUGCGAAUGUAAAUUAAUCAAGGAAGUGUACGAGAAAAUGCAUAAAAUCAGUUUUUUUUCUUUAAGUGAAGAAGAAACAAUUCGUUCAAUGAUUGUUGAAUAUGUAGAAAAUUCAAACCGUCUCAAAGAAGUAUGUUUGAAAUCUAUCGAAAGCCUCUCUGAAAGUUCAUUAAAACAAAAUCUAUCUCUAAUCAUAAUGACAAAUAGAGAGCGGAUUUAUAUUUUGGACAACUACAGGAGUCAGCCUGAAAAUGCUAAAAGACGUCUUAGAAACAUUAAAGAUGUGAAAAUAAUGGAAGAGGGGUGCAAUAUAACUGAAAUUUUGAAGAAAAAGGAGUACAAAUAUAUUCAUUGGAAAUUAAAGUACAAGCCAGGGUUAAAUAAAAAAAUUCAACGAGUAAUGAAUCAAAAAAUUCAUUUUUUAAUCAACAGAAUCGAUAAAUUGAAAACAAUUUUAAUCGACGAAGAUAAACUUAUAUCUUAUCUGUGGAGCAAAGGGAAAAGUGGCUUCGUGAAAAAACACGCCAAGCUCUUGAUUUGCCAACGCUACUUAAGGGAAAGAGAUACGCGAGCUGCUCUUGAAACUCUACUUUUUGACUGCAUGAACAUUUUGAACAAUGAACAGAUGAGAUAUUUGUGGGAGAAAGCAACAAAUUUAUUUUCAGGCGCUUAUCUUAGAGAUAUUUUAUCUCAUGGAAAUCCAUUCAUAGAGAUAGCAGCUGGCUGUUUGGAUCCAAAAGAUUUACCCACCGCUUUAGUAGAUGCAGUUGUUGAAAUGAUAGAAGACAGAGAAGCUUUAGCAGGCUUAACGAAACUGUGGAGCACAUAUAAGAUAUGCCAAUUAAAAGAUUUAAUUGAUUUUGUCGAGAAAGAAAAAGCAGAAAAGGAACCACAGCUCAGGAAACAAAUUCAGAGCUCACCUCGUUGGAAACAGUACGUGGCACUACUACCGGUAGAUAGAUAGAAUAAAAAUGCUUCAUCAACUGUGAAAUUUUCUAAGGACUGGUGAACGUUUCUUCAAAAACAGAAAAGUUUUUAAAUUAUUUUUCAAGUGUAUUUUGUGAUUAAAAAAAAUUAUAAUUUAAUAGAUAAGUCAAUGAGAUAUCUUUGUUAUUACUGAAAGUAAAAAUUGCCAAGAAAGUAAACUGUUAAAAGAUAUAAAUGAUAUUUCACUAUUUGUAAUUUUGGAUUGUUUUUUAUCACUUUGAUGUUUAAAAUUUUACGCACAUCUUAAGCAUGAUCAUAGAGAAUUGUUGAUUACAGAGAAUUCCUUGAGAAGCCAUUUUAUCUAUUUUAUCUGUCUACAAAAUAUGUAAAUCAUGUCUAAAUACAAAAGUAUUAACAAUGUACAAAUUUUUACAGUUUAUAUUAUAAUUUUAAAUUUUCGUUAUUUUUUUGAUGAUAAAUAGUUUGUUGACCUGGUGAGAAUGUUCAUGGACAAUUGUUCUUUAAUGCCAUUGUUUAAUUUCUAUUUACCAUUUUUUACUUGUUGCAUAAAUUGUGUAAUUAUUGUUUCAUGUUUAAAUAAAAUCUAAAUGAAAA